CAGCCGUCUUGGCAGCUGAUCUUGGUUGGGGGUUGCCCCGCACCUAAGGCAGGAAGAUGGUGGCCACAAAGAAGAUGAAAAAGUCUCUGGAGUCGGUCAACUCUAGGCUCCAGUUUGUUAUGAAAAGUGGAAAGUACGUGCCAGGGAACAAACAGACUCUGAAGAUGAUCAGACAGGGCAAAGCAAAGUUGGUUAUCCUCACCAACAGCUGCCCAGCUUUGAGGAAAUCUGAAAUAGAGUUCUAUGCCAUGUGGACUAAAACUGGUGUCCAUCACUACAGUGGCAAUAAUACUGAACUGGGCACAGGGUGUGGAAAACACUACAGCGUACGCACACUGGCUAUCACUGACCCAGGUGAUUCUGACAGUAUUAGGAGCACGCCAGAACAGACUGGUGAGAAGAAAACAAGAAUGUUUUCCUUUAAUAAAACUUUUCCAGAGUUAUUUUUGAAAAAAAAAAAAUAA